AUGUCGUCCAAGUCUCGCUACACCCUGAUCAUCGACUCGCUCAGCUCCGUGACCCGCUCCCGCGACAUCAAGUACGAGUCGGAGCGCUUUGGCAAGGUGCUGUGCGUGGAGCGCGACGCGCGGGCGCGGUGCGCCCUGGUCGAGUUCCAGAGCUCGCGUGACGCGCAGCGUGCCUGGGAGAAGCUGGACGGUCUCCGCCUGGACGGCUGCCGCUGGAAGGUGGACUGGGCGGUGCGCAAGGACUUUGACUUCUUUGGCUGGAAGUGGACCGAGGGCCCCAGCCGCAGCCCCUCCCGCAGCCCCAGCAGGCCUGUGGAGAUGACCUACUGA